CAUGGAACCAAGGGUGUCUUUGAACUGCUGGCAGGCUGGAGAAGAACCAGAGAAAACCUGCCCUUCAAGGAGCGUGUGGCUGAUGCGUUUGCUGAUGUAAUGGUGUGCUACACUAUGACCAGCUCACUCUACAUCAUCACCUUUGGCAUGGGAGCGAGCCCUUUCACUAACAUCGAAUCAGUGAAAAUCUUCUGCCAGAGCAUGUGUGUGGCCAUCCUGGUGAACUACUUCUAUGUAUUCUCUUUCUAUGGCUCCUGCCUGGUGUUUGCAGGACAGCUUGAGCAGAACCGCUACCACAGUGUCUUCUGUUGUAAGAUCCCCUCAGUGGAGUACUUGGACCGGCAGCCAACAUGGUUUAAGACCAUGAUGAGUGAUGGUCAUGACCUGUCCACACAUCACGACAGUGUACCAUACCAGAAUCACUUCAUCCAGCACUUCCUACGAGAGCAUUACACAGAGUGGAUUACCAACACCUAUGUAAAACCAUUUGUGGUCAUUUUAUAUCUCAUCUAUGCAUCGUUUUCUUUCAUGGGAUGUUUACAAAUCAGUGAUGGAUCGAAUAUCGUGAACCUUUUAGCCAGUAACUCACCAAGUGUUUCGUAUGCUCUGACACAACAGAAGUACUUCAGUAAUUAUAGUCCGGUGAUUGGGUUUUAUAUUUAUGAACCAAUUGAGUACUGGAACUCUACAGUGCAGGAGCACCUGAAGACUCUGAGUCAUGGUUUUAACAAGAUCUCAUGGAUGGAUAACUUUUUCCACUAUCUGCGGUUGGUAAAUGUGAGUGCAUCAACAAAAAGUGACUUCAUCAAUAUUUUAAAGGAUUCUUUCCUGCACAGCCCAGAGUACCAGCAUUUCACAGAAGACAUUAUCUUCUCAAAAAACCGUGAGACGGAUGAAUAUGACAUCAUUGCCUCACGGAUGUACUUGGUAGCACGGACCACAGAGAAGAAGCGGGAGGAAGUGGUGGAGCUUUUAGAAAAGCUUCGCCCAUUGAUGCUGAUCAACAGCAUCAAAUUCAUUGCCUUCAAUCCCACAUUUGUUUUUAUGGACCGCUACAGCUCAUCUGUCAUUUCACCCAUCCUGACCUCAGGUUUCAGUGUACUCACCAUUCUCAUCCUCACUUUCUUCCUGGUCAUCAAUCCCUUGGGAAACUUCUGGCUCAUUCUCACAGUGACAUCUGUGGAGCUAGGAGUCUUAGGUUUGAUGACCCUCUGGAAUGUCAGCAUGGACAGCAUUUCCAUCUUGUGCCUUAUAUACACUUUGAACUUUGCCAUGGAUCACUGUGCACCACAUCUGUACACUUUUGUGCUUGCCACGGAGCACACGAGGACACAGUGCAUCAAGUUGGCACUGGAGGAGCACGGGGCAGCCAUCCUACAGAACACAUCCUGCUUUGUGAUCGGGAUCAUGCCUCUAGUGUUUGUGCCUUCCAAUUUGACCUACACACUGUUCAAGUGCUCCCUACUCACUGCAGGCUGCACUUUGUUGCACUGCUUUGUCAUCCUGCCUGUCUUCCUGACCUUCUUCCCGCCAUCUAAAAAGAGACAUAAGAAAAAAAAAAGAGCCAAGCGGAAAGAGCGGGAAAGGGAAAGGGAGCGAGAGAGGGAGAGGGAAAGAGAAAGGGAGGAAAUAGAGUGCAUUGAAGUCAGGGAGAAUCCUGAUCAUGUGACAAAUAUUUGAGUAGUUAUUUAUAUUAGGAGGAUUAGUACCCACCACCAGUUAUUGGUGGCCUGGAUGAACUCUCAGAUGCCGAGGCACCUCUAUAGAUGCAAGGAAGUCUGAGGUGUUCCCUGAGGAGUGGUCACUCCCAAACAAUAGCAGCUAAGAUGGCCAGAGUCAAGUGUAGCCCAUUAGUGAGCCGUAAAUCCUUCAGUCUGGACAGUGUAUCUCCUUUGCACAAACUGUAAUACAUUCAUGGUUCUAAAGUUCUCUUCAGCUAUUAGUUAUAUAAAACAACUUGAUUGCCCAAACUUGCCUGUUAAAUCUUUAAAACAAUCUAGUUUGUUUUAAAGUUAAUUCUGUGUUCACCUGUGGUCAUCGUGUCAGUAGAAACAAAUGAGGGUAAUAAGAAUCAGACCGGUGAAAGCAGCCAGUCGAAAGUUAAACUUUCUAAAUAUGUCUAUAUAAGCACCUCACUUCUCACAUCUCCACAUCAGUAAAUAUCAGGGAGACUAUUUGGACAGAAAACAUGCUGCAUACUUUUCUGUCCUAGUAAAAAUAGCUGAACAGCUGAACCAGGCAGAUGGUGAUACACUGUGUCCAUCAUGAAGAAUUACCUUGCACAUUGCAUUGUGAGAAUAUGAUUGUCAAAGUUUAGCUAAGAGAGGGGUAAAUGUUUUCUGUAUCAUUUUAGAAGUCAGAUAUUCUCAGGCAGUGUUAGACAGAUAGGCAGUGGGCUGCAUUGAGAAAAGAUAAGAUUAAAAGUGAAGUCAUUGUUGUGCUGCAGUAUAUGGAAGCUCGUCAGCUUGACUCCAACCAUUGGACUUGAAGAAAUCCUAAACUGUUUUGUAUUAGAGAAAUAAAACCAAACGUGAAAGGUGUUUUUAAGGCCCUAUCAACACUACUCUGGAUAUUUUUGACAAUAGAGAUUUUCUGGGAUCUUUUGUACCUCCAUCCCACAGUUUGGUAAAACUGGGAUUUCCAUUUUCUAAAAUGAAAAUAUUUAAAAACUCAGUUUUUGGUGUGUCUGUGUGGACUCCAGGUAUGAGRCUUUUCUGAAGCAAACAUGAAUCUGCCUAUUUUACACACACCCACUAUCUCUGUGAUUUAGAAACUAAAACAACAAUGGAGCCGUUUUAAAACAGGUUUUCUACAUCUGUCUCACUUUAUCCCAAUCUUGUAAUAUAUUUGACUGUGUGCUGAAAUGAUUAAUAACUAAGAGGAAAUUCUAUGGUAAAUGCUAUCAAAUAAACAACUUAGAUAAGUAAUUAUUGGAAAGCUAAGAUUUUACUUUUUAUAUUAGUAUUGAUGUUCUUGCCACCUAUGGUACAGCACAGCUAUCAAAGUAUUUUUGUCAGUCAUGUAGGUGAAGUAACAAAAACAAAAAUUACUUUUAAAAAGAAAUACCCAGAGUAGUGUAGACGGGGUCUAAGACUUGAGUUGUUGAACUUUUUAGCAGACUGAUAUCAGAAAUUUGCAGUGAGUAAAUUGUUGCUUCUGUAAUGCCCCUACAAAGACUUCAUUCGAGAAUUAAUUUAGUUUCGAUGCUGCCAAAAAGUGUACAUACAUGUUUUUUUUAUUCAAGCUCUUUUAAAACAAAAAYGCUCAGUAAAUUUUGACAUUCAUAUAAUUCAACCACGUAUGAGUUAUCAUUGAUAAUUUAGUGUUCAAUGUUCACGGUUGUGAAGAAAGUACUGCAUGUUAUAAAACCCCAAAAGGCUUUAACCAAUAAACAAAAGUAGGUCGUCAUGGAAAAAAUAAAAAAUGUGACUAACUCAAACUAAAGUCCUAUGCUUUUUGUAUUAUUUUAUUUUUUGUUUUAAGAAAAUGCUAGUGCAAUAUAAUUUUUAGCACAUUUUAAUGUCUCACAAACUGUCUUGAUUGGGUCAGUUUUUACCCAAAAAAUAAUUUUUUUCUGUUAAUUCAGUAAUUUCGUAUUUACUUUUGAAACUAAACUAAAUUAACUCCAAGUUAAAAGGAAUGUUUGUCAAAUUUUCAGGAUAGGUAGUUGCUUGCACGCUAAUUUUAUCAUCCUUUUUUUAAUCUCUAACAUAAAAAAGUAUUUAUAACUUUGUGUGACAGAACUUAGUCCCCCCUCAAACUCAAUCACUAUAAUGUUAAAAAUUAGCUGGUAACAUGGCUGGUUUGUGCAACAUCUUGGUGAGUUGAUCAGACAGGUAUUAGAAAUGUACUGACCUCCUUACUAGGUGUAACAGGUUCACAAUGGUUAACAUGAAAAAAACCCUUCUUAGUGAGGUCAUAAUGGUUUGUCAUUUUGCUGGCAGCAGUGUAUUUAUGAUGCUGGUACGGCACACACUGGCAAGCUUGGUUGUCAGAGAAUUUUAUGCAGGACUGCCACACUGUCCUCAUGUCGAGACCACAACCGUGAUUGUGACAGAAUCAUUAAUCACACACAAUACAUGUGGUGGUAGCAUCAUGCUAGUGUGAUGUGGUCAUCUUACUGUAUCCUUGUCUGAAAAUGUCACACCAGGUGGAGAUGCAGGAAAGCAUCUGAAGGAUGCAAAAAAGUAGCAGGACAAAUAUCUGACAAAAGUCCUAAGCAAAUAUAUCUGACAAAAGCAGCAUCAUGAUUGCUGUCAUGCAAUUUCAUGCAGGAGGUUUUUCCUAAUGGCAAUCUCCACUUGUCAUAUCAUGCAUUUCAUUAACAUACAGUAUCUGCUGCUUUCUCAAAGAUCAUACAAUAGGCAUUGAUUAUAUGGACAUUCAGUGGUAAUAACAUAACGGAAAAAAUAUGUUUCUAGACCAGUUUUCAACACAUCCAAGUUCAGGAAAUACAGGAAAGAUCAGUUCAAACAUUGACAGGAGGGUUUAGAUAUUCAACUGAUUUGCAAAGGGAGCGAGAUUGUUAAACAGGUUGGUGUUUUUACCAGUGUCCUUUUAUAGCUUAGCUUUCUCCAUAUCGUGUGUGUGCAUGAACGCACACAAAUAGACAUCAGGUGGUGUUUCAGCACCCACCCUUUUCCAUCUGGAUCAUCAAGUGCCCUUGUUGGACUAUUGUUUUACCCUAAAGUGUACCUGUGGCCCAUGGUUUCACUACCAGUGCCCUAAAAUGCACAAAGCAAUUUUGCUCUCAUGCCCUCCUUUCACCUCACAAACACACACUCCAUGCUUGUCUACGGCAUUCCAGUGCUGUGCCGCUCUAGUGAACACACUUCACGGUCAAAGAGGUACAUGCCUCUUUUCCUGUCCUCUUGCUCAGCAGAGAACCUGUUGACAUCUAAUCAACAGUUAAUUUCUAAACCUCCGAUGUUUUAAACUUUAGUUGCAUCAACUUUGUUUCAUUUUUGAAGACAAUUAACCCUUUAUUAUCAUAAACAGUAGAACAUUGAUGUAGCUUGUUUACCAACAGCAGCAUCUGGAUGGGGUGGGCCGAGAAGGAUCCAUCAAACCCGUCCCUCUAAUCAGGGAAAAAGGAGGACGUAUUUGUGGGGUGCAUUGGAGGAGUUUUUGAGUUUGGGCAGACUCCAGCGCAGUGCUGGGAUGUAAGCAGCUGACAAAUUCAGCCUUCAGCGGAUGCAGCCCUUGAAUUUAGGCACAGCCUUUGUCACAUGUCUAGUUUUCUACACAUAGCCUGAGUGAAGGUCUCCUUUGACUUGCUAACAUGUAGCUUGUGCUAAAGCUCGGCAAACAGCCUAAUGAAGUGACUACAGUCUGUGCUUCUGUCAGUGGUCAUGGGGCCCUUUAAGGGGGUAGCACAAGUAAUAUAGUAAUUUCAGUGCCCUCAGUGCUUCGAAUGUUCGUUGCAUUUGGCCACUUCAUUACCGUACCUCAGAGUCCCCCUUUAGCUUGGAGCACUAGACAAAUGCCCACUUGUCUGACGUAAUAUGACGGCUCUGCUUGCAGGCUGCACACAAAAUACGGGAAAACUUAAAUUUGGAUGAAAAUACAGGACAUCCGACUAAUACGAGACAGUUGGCAACCCUAACACUGUAUGAGGGUAGCAUGGACGCUACGAGUAAAUCUAGCAGUAGGCUACAGUUCAAACAAUACGAGGUUUUCUGUACCUGUUUAAGGAUAGAAAGUGCAGGGAUAGGAUCAGGGUGGCCCUAUAGUUUGUCUUUUACCUCCAAUAAAUUUUUUGGAGCAGACUCUAAGUCCUUUGUUGCACUUUUUCUGUUCAAAUUCAGCUCUUCUUGUCACUGGUUAGCUAGCUCCUUAGCUUGGGAAAAGUGACAAAAAAUACACCUUCCAUGUUGGGAAAAUGACAGUAUCACAGCAUAAUGUUCCUGGUGGAAUUUCAUGCAGUUUUUCUGGAUUUCUUUAAGUUUAAACAUAGCUAAACUGUGCACUGUGAUUGAAACCAAUGGAACCCGCUACCAGAGUUUGUACGUGCAUGGGUGUUGAAGCAUUUGAAUGGAUGUUGACUAGAGUUCUAAAAGUAGCCUGUGUGGAGAUCCCCCAUUUUAGUGUGAUGUGACUCAUGGAGAGCAUAGCAAGAUCAUCAUUCAGUGUAAGAGGCCCUUAAGCCCCUUUUCCAUGGUGUAGUGUCGGAACGGUUUGUGUAAGUACGGGUCGAUACGGGUCACCGGUUGGUUUUCCACUGAUGUUCCAGUCCGGUUCCAAUGGGUGUGUUUUGGGCAGUUGGUCGAGGGGGUUUUUAGG